UCAUGAUCCGUUGAUGUCGUCGUCUUCGUGCGGAAGAAGUUAAAAUAUCGAAUUUUAACUUCGGAUGGGUCUGAAAUGGGUUCAGAUUCUGUCUCGGUUUCGGUAGCGAAAUUCUCCGGAUAGAACGGAAUCCGGUUGCGUACAUUCGCGAUGGUCGUGUUUCGUUGCAUUGGACGUCGUUCCGGGCGGUAAGCAUUCGCGAACGAUUGCUAACGGUUAAGAAGCUUCCAUUCGGCGAUUACUUCGGUGUUUUAAAACAAGACAAUUUAAUGGAUCUAUAUUUCAACAUUCUGAUGUUCUCGUAUUCCGUUUUUUCAUCCUUCCGCUUUUGCAGAACGAACAUCGGAUCCUUCGGUAUCCGUAAAAUUGUGUGUUGUGCGCUAAAACAAGUACAGCACACUGUGACACUUUUGUUUUGCUAGAUUGUUCAAAUUUGAACAAGCGCUCCGGGAUUGAAGUUUUGCGUGCGUUGUUGUGUGUUUAGAUGGACCGUAACAUGUCCGCCAUUGGCAGGCUCAGACGGAGUCCGUCCCCGUCACGCGGUGGUCCCGCUGGUUCCAGUAAAUUGCGCAUGGAUCGGAAGCCUACUCAUGCUAGGAUUAAUGAUCCCAGCCACCCAGCUGGAAAGCGCAAGGAAAUCGAUAACGUAAUGCGGAAGGCUCGGGCUUUUCCCAACGAAACUUGGGAUAAGAAGCUUCUUGAGGUUGAGGAAAAGGAUCCAAACCGUUGGCGUCACACCGGAUUCAAGAAAAUGUACAUCGAAGAGGACCCCAGCAGCUCGGAUAGCGAACGUGGCCGAUACGGCAAUGGUCCACCUCCCCGUGUCCGCAGUCGAAGUCGUAGCCGCAGCCCUAGCCGAUCGGUACGAUCGCCACCACUUCGGCAUCGGCGCAGUCCGUCGCCACCGAUGAGAAAGCGUCGGCCUCCCAUUUCGCCGUCUCCGCCGCCGAUGCGACGCCGUCCGGCGUCCAUUUCGCCUCCACCGCCGGAACCGCUCAUGAAGCGAAGACCCCGUUCGCCACCACCGCGAAUGCUGCGUCGCCCGUCACCGCCUCCGGAGUUCCACCGCGGAAAGUCACCGCUUCGGUCGACUUCGGGGUCACCCCGCCGCGGAGUCGUACGUCGCAUGUCGCCGAUUCCGCCGCCGAGACCACGUGUCAAGCGACCACCAUCGCCGCCACCCAAGAUGACCCGGUCUCCUUCCAUUACCAGCUGUUCGGAUGAAUCCUGCUCUGGAUGCUCGAUGGAUGGUAGACAUCACCAUCGGUCUAGAUCUCGUUCGUUAACCGGUCCGGGUCCGCGUCCGCGUCUCCGUGGCAUCUCGCCGCCGCCACCUGCGGUACAUAUUUCGAAAAGCCGUCGCGACGGUGCCGCUAUGCGUCCGAUGAGUCCGCCGCCGACGGAUCCGCGCCGUAAGGAACCGAUGCCCAAGGUGCAUCGUGUCGAUAAGGAUCCACGUGACCGUCCAUCGCGUCCCAUUCCUCUGCCGCCGCCGGUCGAGCGACUCCGACAUCCACAAACUCCCGAAUCGGAAAAGGCUCCGUCGCCGAAACCACGAGUUAUGAAGCACAAAGGCAUCCCGGAGGAUCCCCGCCCGGUGAAAGUACGUCAGCCGAAGCCACCGCCCCCCGAGGUGGUUGCUCCACCUCCCAGCAAGAAGCACAAGGACAAGACCUCCGAAAAGCUCCGCGCACGCGUCAAAAUCGAAGGUGAAGCAAAACAGCGUCGUCCUCGGUCGCCGUCGUCCGGUUCUGAAGAGUCUUCUAGUAGUGAAAGUUCACUGCCACGAUUUACGGCCACCACACGACUUACGCUAUCGGAACGUUUCGGAAAGAUGGCCCAAUGGAGUGUCGAUCGAAGCAAUAUGGAAAACAUGCGCAUUACCAAGAACAGUUCCGGUGGCGAUUUGAAAGUGAUGAUCGAGGAAGAAAUGGAAGCCCCACCGCCGGUACGGUACACUUAUUCCCCUGCGCCGGCUGGUCACUUUCCCGAGGAACUGAUGACCACCGGCCCCAGCGGAUUGUCGUCCUGGGAUGACGUUCGAGUGCGGUACGAGUAUUAUAAGGGUCGUGGCUAUCUGCGGGAUCUGGAUCUGCAGGACUACAUCAAGUGGGAAGAAUGGUGGUACAAGUACCAGGAGUGGCUCAAACAGGAACGCUACUACGAAUUGUGGGAACGAUCGCAGAUGAACCGACGCCGCAAGAAGGUACCCAUCUCACAGCGGUUGAAUUAGAGCUGAUCGGAACACUCAUGCACGUUGGAGUUUCCCUCCCCAAAUAAACCAAGUCGGCCCUCGCGGAGAAAGAAACUCCGAGUGGAUCUUCCAUGUUUUAGAAGAGCGAGAAAAAUCAAUUCAAAACAUUAUUUAUGUAAAUGUUUCUAUGUGCAUUAUAAAAGAUAGACUGCAGGGCGUGGAAGGUAUCUCCCACAGAUCUGAAUUACGACAAGUAGGACCUUUCCCUGCGGGAUAUUAAAAAAUCUAUUGUACCCUAAACGAAGAUCUAAAGUUUUAAGAAUUAGUCUAGCCACAAACGUUGAUCUUCUGUAACUCCACACAUUUAUAAUAUUAUAAGAUAGAAAACCAAGCAAGUAUAAAAUGAAUACAUUCAUUUCCAAGUUA